UUAUCAGCAUCUGCAGUCUAAGUAAGCGAAUUUGGCACCGAUGCCUGUUUGCUGGGAACCACGUCUAUCACAACAAGCAACACUCGCCGUCUUCAAAUCUCACUUCGAUCAAUUUCUCGCCACAGAGAAUCCAAUUAUUCCUAACUGCCCGGAUGAAACAAACAUGGCGGCGUCCGUUUGGCGAAAAUCUGAUAUUUUGGAAUGGUUCGUGCCAAGGGAUGCGUUUGAUUUCAAAUUUCUUCGAUAACUUAUCGACUUUUUGAGCACAGGUUUUAAUACUGACAUACGCGGACCUUCCAUGUCGAUCACUAUGAAGUGGAUACGGAGUAUCUGCCUGGCGCUCGUGGUGUGGGGGGUGCCCUCAGUGUGGACCAGCUACCCAAUCCCUGACGAACAGCUGUUGUAUGAGGAUCUGAUGAGGAAUUACCAGAAGUCUGUCCGCCCCGUCAUCAACGCCUCCAACACCCUCAUCGUCAAGUUCGCACUCAGGCUCAACCAGAUUGUCGGACUGGACGAGCGACAGCAGGUUUUGACAAGCAAUGUGUUUAUUGAUCAGGAAUGGUUGGACGAGAACCUCGCCUGGAGUCCAGCCAAUUACAACGACAUCCGCUCACUCCGAGUCGCGGGCAGCAAUGUGUGGCUGCCAGACACCUUCAUAUUCAACAACGCAGACGACGGGUCAACCGGAUUCAUGAGCGGCACGUUUGUCCAGAUCCACAACGACGGAAGUGUCACAUGGCCAGUACCGGUCAAACUGAAGAGUUCGUGCAAGGUCGACAUCACGUACUUCCCGUUUGAUGACCAGAAGUGUAUUCUGAGGUUCGGAUCCUGGAUCUACAGCGGUUCCUGGGUGGACUAUGUUACCAUGUACAACAACUCACCAAUAGACAUGGCGUACUACGUCAACAACAGUGAAUGGGAACUACUUUCAGUGACGUUGAAGAAGAACAACCGCCAGUACGAGUGCUGUGCGGAUGCGCAUCCAGAUCUUACUUUCAUAUUGCACAUCCGUCGCAAAACUUUCUACUAUAUUUUUAACAUCAUCGUUCCUUGUAUCAUGCUGUCGAUACUGACGUUGUUGACGUUCUGGUUGCCCCCGACGUCGGGGGAGAAAGUAACGCUGGGGUUGAACGUGUUUCUGGCAUUCUCCAUGUUUAUGUUGCUGGUAGCAGAAGAGGUUCCGGCGACGUCGGAAGCAGUACCACUUAUUGGUAUAUAUCUGUGCUUGGUAAUGACGAUGACGUCGGUGUCCGUCAUCAUGGCCGUCAUCGUCAUCAACGUCUACAACCGCGGGAUGAAGAUGAGACGUGCUCCUGGCUGGAUGAGAACUUUAGCUCUCAAUUGGCUGUCUAAAGUCCUGCGUCUCAAACACGACAUAGAACUAGUUGCAAGACAUGUCGUACUGGAGGACCACUUCUACGAAGUAACAAAACGGCCCGAUAACACAAGUCAGAUUCGCAAGACUUUUUCCAAGUUUGACAUAAGCAAACCGAUCAACAGUCCAAUUUUCACCAGACACAAUAACAACUCGGAAGGGUACCAGCCAAUCAGAACCCACGCUCGAAACCGACGGAACAGCAUCGGGGAGCAUCCUGACCAAUGGCACGACCCGUACCAUCGUCAGGACGAUCAGGAGCCAGUACACAAUGGACCUCCAGCAGCAUCCUUCAGCGAGGACACACCACCCCGUAAUAUUGUUCCUUCUAUUCUUAUCGAAAGUCCCAAUGCAAGUCAGGAACCUGCUGUUAUCAUCCCCAAUCAGAACGCCUGCUCGCUUCAAACAGUCCUCCACCAGAACACUAACGCCUACCAGAGUCAGGUGAUCUUCCAACACGCCCCUGCAUCUCCUUCGGGUCAGUCCACCCGGUUCGAAGAAGCUGCUGAUGGUGAUUCUGACAGUGACUCGGCCAAUUCUAUCCCGCAUCUCAAGAAGGUGAUUGUGGCCGAGUGGCAGAGGAUUGCCGUUGUCGUGGACAGGUUCCUGUUCUGGUUCUAUAUGUUUGUCACGUUCACAUCCUACCUCAUCAUCCUCAUCAUCGUCCCUGCUCAGCACUACACCCACGGCAAGAGAGGGAUCUACCAGGAAGGGGGGUUUCAGCCCCCAGACAUGGAGGAUGUGGAAGGGUGAUAAAAAACCAUGGAUGAAGUCAAAGGAACUAAGCCACCGUUUUCUGUUUGUAAGUCCGGAACAUCUGGACGAAAUCAUUGACAAGGUGUCAGCACCAAACAUCAAGCAUUAGUGGAAUCUGACUGGCCAUAAUGUAUUAUAAUAGCUGUGACACUCACCACAGUGGGAAUGUGGACUUUAUCAUGUUGUGUUGAAUCACAUAAAUUACAAUGUGAUCAGAAACUGGUCUUAACGAAGACACCGUUGAUUUUAGGUAGGUUUUGGAACUUGUGAUGCUGAAGAGUCUCGGGUAUUCAGUGGGAAACGUUGAACAUCCUCUUUCUGUACAGUUCACACAUAGAUGGAUUCUGUACAUUGCGCCAAAUUUAUGUACGUUUAGUCAUUUCAGACUAAUAUUUAUUUAUAUUUCUUGGACUGUUGAUUUUCAGAGCCGUGGUUAAAACAUUUCAUUUACGUUUACCCAAAAUACCUAACUGGAAACCCAUAUCACAUUGGGUACCGUUGACCUUCAAGGAUUGCUAAAUAACCAACUCCAAACUCCACGGGCUGAUUAGGAAUUUGUUGGUUUCUCACAUUAGGGUUUGGGUUAGAGAACAUGCGAUUCUGGUGGCACCACGAAGUUUUGGAGCACAAGGGUUCGUCUGGACAUUCAAUCCAAUAUGACUAUGGGGCAUACAAAGAAAGGAAAGCGGCAAACAUCAUAGCAAGUCACUCGUUAAUUCCUUACACAGUUGUUAUGUUAGACCAGUUGCGUUACUGAAUGAUUUCAAGCAAAGUAAUAUAGCUUUAACAAUUUUAGAAUGUCAUGAUUUUAGAACUACAUGUACACUUGACGAAUCCAGAUAGGGCGUCUUCCAUUGUUACCAUAAUAAAUAUCAGUUGGAA